AUGGCUGAGCAACCUCUUCGCGCGGCCGUCAUGGAUCCGCCUCACAUCACCGAGUUCGCCUCAGAUCGAUAUUUUGAAAAGCUGGGCCAGCUCAGCGCUACCCAACAAAGUCAUCAUUAUCGCCAGCUGCAGCAAGGACAGCAGCAGCACCAACUGUCGAAUCCGUGCGAGACAUCACCAACACCACCGGGGACAGCUCCAUCAACAUUCAUCCUCCCGUUGCGAGACACAAAAACUGUUGAACUCGAGCUCGGCAAGCAAUCUGAGCAGAAAAAGGACAGAAGUCGUUUCUUUGGCAUUCGCCAUAAGGUAUCUUUAUUACACCCGAAGCCUCAUGCAGCCGACAAUGAAACACAUCUCCCGAUUAGAGUUUCUGCCGAGCCGAUCCGAAAAAGUGCUCCUUUCGACCAAUUGUUUCUAGCUCUCCCUAAUGAGUUGCAAGUUCAAAUUCUGUCGUCAUUGCCUCUUACGGACAUUCUCAGCCUUCGACUCGCUUCCAAAACGUGGCACAGUCUCAUCACCGCAAACGAAUCCCCCAUUGUUCGAUACCACCUUGAUACCCAUAUACCUGCCUAUGCGCUCCGCUUAUAUCCCAUCAUCGACCAGUCCGAGAUCAACUUUCAUUUCUUGUGCAGCUUGUGGCACCGACUGCACGUUGCAGCCAAGCUUGCCCAUCUCAUGUGCGAGUGGAUUACAAAGGAGAUUUUUCUACGCCAAUCUGAAGCUCAACAAGUGGCCUUCGCGCCGCAACGUGAGCGUAUGCGUCGUCGACUGAUUCCUCUUCUCUUCAACAUCUUCCAUUUCUUUGAGACGUACCGAAAAUUGCACCUCAAGCAUAUCGUGGAUCACGGUGGCUAUGGAUUACGGCACGAACCCUACACCCUGAACCCCAUCGAGUCCGAGAUUAUGAACAUGUAUGACGACCAGACUUUGUUGCGGGUCCACGAAGUCUUUCCUUUGAUAAUAUCAUCCUUCUGCCGUCGGCUACGACCGCCUACUUAUGUGGGUCGCGUUGAGAGGUCACUCAGGGGAUACCUGCGAGACCGUCCAUCUGACGAAAUUCACUCCGCCAUCCUGUGCGUCGGAGGCUUGCGACAAGUCGAAAGAUUUUGGGAGAUCAAGGGCUACAACAACCGUCGCGCCGCUGUUGACGUCUGGUACAACUCCUUGACCAAGGACUGCAAAGAGCUUGUAUCGGAGCCACCCCCGGUCAAGUCAAGGUUAGGCUUGAAAGGAUUCGGUCGCAAGAAGUCCACGAGCGGCGACCGACCUGUACACAGGCCAUCGGUUGGUGAGGGUAACGUCAAGAUGAGGAGUCCUGCAGGUUCAGUCGACGCCAACUGUGCGGAUAAUGUAGAUUACAACUGGGUAUUUCACACCAGCUUGGCAGCAGGCAUCCCCAUGUCCGCACUUGGUCCCGACGACACGCAGAAAUUGCUCGACGACGCCCCUGUACUACAACAAAUAUGGCUCACCACGGCCGAGGCCCUGAUUCUCGAUCGAGGCAUCGUAUCAAGAACACAGGACAUCAAGCGAAACCAGCAAGUCAUGCUGGACCUUAUUCGUGAAGACGGGCUCGACGAAGAAGACGAGUGGUGGUACGGACGAAACAACCCCGACUCUGUUCGGCCGGCCGCUAGUGCAACAGAUGAUGACGCAGAGUAA